AUGUGGAAAGGUGCGAAGGGAAGGCCGAGGGUCGUAUACUACAACCGACUGAAGCCGUUUGGCCGAAGUAACGAGAAAGCAAGCGCCCACCACCUUCAAGCAAAAGACAAUGUAUUCGCGGCAGAGUUCCUUGUAGCUUAUUCAGAGGAAUACGGGAGGACUUGUUUUUCGCUGUUUCGGAAAUACCUACAGACUGGCAUACUGCGUAGCCGAGGACCUGAACACCUCAAGGAACGUAGCUUUCCUAUUUCCAGGAGAAGUUUGGAUGCCACUGGAGGUUGGAAGAGCAACAGCCGCAGGUUGCUAAGGUGCAGAAUGGCAGAGUUGACGAUGAGACAGCAACAGCGCGAAAUGCGAUAG